AGUCCAACAUCCCCUUAAUUUUCUCUCCAUUUUUCCUACCCUGUUUCCUUUCUAGAUUUUUUUUUUUUUUUGUCAUUUAUGCUUUCGAUUUGCUUUAUUCAUUUUUUCCUGUUUGAUCUGUACUGAUCUCGAUACUUUUUAAGGGUUUGAGAUUUUACUAUUUUUGUGGUAGCAAUCAUUUAAAUAAUGGGUGCGGAGGCUGCUUCCUUGGAAAUCAAAACUGAAGAAAAUUUCGCUGUGGAAAACAGAAAAGUGAACAUAAAAUUUGGCUCUCACAGUAUGGAUGAACAAGCCAAAGGGGAAGAGAACAAAGUUUUUGAGGCCAACAUCCCCACAGAUGCUGUUGACGAGUGGCCAGAACCCCAACAGAUCCAUUCUUUCUAUAUUGUAAAGUAUCGUUCACUUGAAGACCAGAAGAUGAAGGUGAAAUUGGAUCUGGCGGAAAAAGAGCUUAAGACUAAGAACCAGGCACGAUUUCAAAUUACUGAAAAGUUAAAGGCAAUAAGGGCAGACCGGACCCAUGUAAUCACUCAAUUAAAGUCUCUAGGUGUUGAUAACAAACAGUUUAGGAUGAUCAUGGAUGAGAAGAGAAAAGAAAUGGAACCUCUGCAGCAAGCUCUUGGCAAAUUGCGGGGUGUUAAUAGUGAUAAUAGAGAGAGGGGUUCUGCUAUAUGUUCAUCGGAGGAGGAGCUCAAUAAUCUUAUCAAAAGUUUGGAAUACCGCAUCCAACAUGAAAGUAUUCCUCUAAACGAAGAGAAGCAAAUCCUUAGGGAAAUUAAACAACUCGAAGGUACACGGGGCAAGGUCAUUGCAAAUGCUGCUGAAAGGGCAAAGAUUCAGGACUCAUUGGGUGAAAAAGAGGCCAUUCAGGACCAGGUCAAACUUAUAGGUGUUGAUCUCGAUGGAGUUCGGAAGGAACAACUAGUGGUUAAGGCGAAACUUAAGCAACUUGAUGAAGAAAAGGAGUUUCUAGAGAAAGAGAUCAAUGCGUUGCAGGAGGAGUUGGCAGCAGUUGCUGAGAAGCGGGACAAAACUUUUGUAAACAUUCAGGAAAUUAGGAAACAGCGCGAAGAAAGUAACUCCACUUAUUACCAAAACCGUACACUGUUGAUCAAUGCCAGAGAUCUGGCUGCUAAGAAGGAUGUUGAAGCCCUGAAGGAGCUUUCAGAGAUGGAGGCUGGGAAGUUCAUAUCCCUCUGGAGCAGUAAUAAGUUCUUUAGGGAUGACUAUGUUAGAAGAAUAUUACCAUCACUUGACGUUCGACAACUGGGUAGGGAUGCACGUAUAAGGAAUCCCGAUGAAAAGCCACUGGUGUCAUUAGAUGCAUCAGCCCCUUCAGGAGGUGAGUCAGUUGUGAAAACAAAUGUUAAACAGCCUAGCAAGGAGGAUACAGUUCCCCUGGUGGCACAAAAUGAUACUGCUACCGAGCAGAAAGUUCAGAAAGAAAAUAAUUCUAGACAGCAGCAGGAAGCAAAUGAUAGGACUGAAAGUAUCAUAGAGAAAAUUGACUGGGAAAACACAGGGGAAGGAGUCCUUGGAAUGGAAAAACUGCAAAAGGAUUCUCCUCCAAUAAUGAAGGAAUUAGAUGAGAAAAAGUUGAAGGAGAUAAGGCGAGAAGAAGAGACAGCUAAGAUGAAAAUGGCAAUGGAAAGGAAGAAGAAGUUGGCAGAGAAAGCAGCCGCAAAAGCAGCAAUAAAAGCUCAGAAAGAGGCUGAAAAGAAGCUUAAGGAGCGUGAGAAGAGAGCAAAAAAGAAGGCCGGAGCUGCUGUUGCUGCUCAGGAUUCUGAGGAACCGACUGAAGCAGUUGCAGAGGUCGCUGAACUGGAAAACACUGAGGAAAAAGUUGAAACUCUGGUUCUACCAAAGAACAAGGAUAGGACAGAAAAUACCAUCAGGCAUAGAACACGUCCAAAAGGUCCAGAUUCACUUCAGAAAGUUAUGCUCAAACGUAAAAAGGUGACGAACUAUUGGAUAUGGGCUGCUUUGGUGCUUCUUAUACUUCUGGCAGUUGGGUAUAACUAUCUUCUUUGAGAUGCUAAAAGUAGUGUAUAAUGGAAGAUGAAGCCUAUCUUUUUGAUUAUCUCGAGGGGACUAGGUCUAUAUCAGUAACAAGAAGCUAUCCCGGUUUUGGGCAUUUUAUAAACGGGUAAAAUUUCAUAUGUUGGUAGAACCACACAUGUUUUCUUUGUUCGGUAUAUUUCAAAUUUUGACUUAUCGUAGAUUAUUAGCGAUAUCUUGUUUUAUUCGAACUGAUAUGUAUGUGUAGCCGUAUCAUAGGAUGAAAAUAUAUUGCUUUGGAUGUAUUAUAGUGCAUGAAAAUAAUGGCCAUAAUGUGGAUAGAAUGAUA